CUGCUGGACUGGGACAUGGGGAACGAGUGCUUUCUGGCCUUCACGUCCACGCACCUGCCCUUAGCAGAGCAGAACCUUGCCAGAUAUAGACUCCGUAUAAUUGAGCCACCAAAACUACCUGUAGGGACAAAACCCAACCCUGAUAAAGAUGGUCCAGAUAUUGAGCCCAAUCUGUGGAUGUGGGUAAACUCCAACAUCGUGUUUCCCCCUGGAAGGCUGGAGGUCCCAGAACCUAGUAAGGGGGAGGAUCUGGCAAGCACAAUCCCCUGCCCUCAGACAGCUUCAAAAGAGGAAGACUUGGCCAACUGCUCAGAGGCCAAAAUCGUGGAGUCACUGCCACCUUCCUCCAGCAAGCAGUCUUUCCCUUGGAAGCAGUUUGCCUCGUCCCCCAGCAACUGGGAGCUCACAGAAGAGGAGGAGGCUAAGGACCAGGAUGACAGCUCCUCUGUGGCUCUCCCAUCCCCUCACAGAAGGGCCCCCCUCCAGAUUUGGAGGCUUCGGCAAGGCAACAGCCAGGAGGGGAGGCUCUGGUCCCGGCCCCCUCUCAAUUACUUCCACCUAAUUGCACUGGCAUUAAGAAACAGUUCCCCCUGUGGCCUCAACGUGCAGCAGAUCUACAGUUUCACUCGACAACAUUUCCCCUUUUUCCGGACGGCUCCGGAGGGCUGGAAGAAUACCAUCCGCCACAAUCUCUGUUUCCGAGACAGCUUUGAGAAAGUGCCAGUCAGCAUGCAGGGAGGUGCUAGCCCAUGGCCUCGAUCCUGCCUCUGGAAGUUGACGGAGGACGGACACCGCCGCUUUGAGGAGGAGGCCCGAGCCUUGGCCUCCACUCAGCUGGAAAGUAUCCAACAGUGCAUGAGCCAGCCAGAUGUGAUGCCCUUCCUCUUUGACCUUUAA